CAAGUGGUCAAUGUCCAAAGGAUUAUCUGAUGUAGAUAUAGCCCAAGCAAACCGAUCGGAGCAGAUCAUAUAUACUUUGUUACAGUACAAUUGAACUGAGGUUACCUGGUUUUGUGUCUGCUUCUGUUAAUCCCCAUGUUUGCCCUAAUUCAGCGCAAGUCAAUACACUGUCCUAACUCCCUCCUCAGAUUCCCCAAAUCUUACAUAGAUUUCUGCUAAAUUCUCUAUUUGCAGAUCCAUCAACUUCCGACACACUGAGAGCAACACCCUCCAAUUUUCUUCUUCAAAUUCAAUGGCGUCCUCGCAAAAAGGCAAGUUUUUUAUGUUCUCUUUGCUCUUCUUUUUCUCUUCUCUUCAUGUUUUUAGUGCCUCCAUAGACCCUAAAUCAUGUUCUAUACAAUCCAAGCUGGACCAUGAUUCAUGUCAAGAACCUGUUCCUGAACCCGAAGCAUCAAAUCAUUUGAAUCAGCAAGUUUUGUUGAAUAAACUGGAGGAGUUAGUGAGAAAUCUUAGUGAAAUCGUUGCAAGAUUAGAAUCAAAGCUACCAGACCCACCAAAGGAAAAGGGUGGGUUUAGGGUUGAAGAUGAGGAAUUUGAGCGGGAAAUCCGAGAUGGGGAGAGAGCUAGAGGAAUGUCUGUAACAAAGUACACACCUUUUUGGUCAGAGAGGUUCCAAUUUGCAUCUGCUGUGAAGUUAGAUUCUGAUGCCACUUGUUUAAAUGUUUUGCCUUUUAGGGAUCAUGAAGGGUUGAGUAAGUAUGUGGCAGUUAGUGAUGAGAGGGGGAGAGUGUAUGUGUUUUUGAGGAAUGGAGAUGUCUUGGUUGAGUUUGAUACAUCAUUAGAGUCCCCCAUUACAGCAAUGGCUUCUUAUACUUCUGUUUACAAGAAUGAGAGUUUUGUGGUAACUGGUCAUGAAAAUGGUGAAAUCUUGAUAAAUCGAAUUUGGGAGGGAGGGUCCAGUGGAGAUGAUUAUAGUUCUCUUUUCAUGGAAAACGUUGAUAAGUUUGUGUCGCCUGAAAACCUUGAAGAUGGGUUGCCAGUUACUCUCUUGGAAGUUCAUUAUGUAAGGAGGAUGAAGUACAUUCUGUCUGCUGAUACUAGUGGGAAGAUCAAGGUUUUUAAGGAAAACGGUUUAUUGUAUGGUUCUGCCAAGCCUUCUAGUAAGCCCCUAGUUUUCUUGAAGCAACGGCUUAUGUUUUUGACUGAAACUGGUGCAGGCUCAUUGGAUUUAAGGGGCAUGAAAAUCAGAGAAACUGAAUGUGAAGGGUUAAACCAUUCUGUUGCUCGAACUUAUGUUUUUGAUGCCACGGAGCGUUCCAAAGCGUACGGUUUUACCUCGGAUGGAGAUCUGAUUUAUGUCUUGUUGCUUGGGGAUGUAAUGAACUUCAAAUGCAGGGUUAGAUACAAGAGAAAGUUUGAUAUGGAUGAGCCCCUUGCUUUGCAGGCCAUCAAGGGGUAUUUGCUGAUUGUUAACCCGGAAAAGGUUUUUGUGUAUAAUGUUUCGUCACCGCAUUAUGUGAGAGUUGGCGUGCCUCGGCUUGUUUUCUCCUCGAGUCUUGAAGAGCUUAGAUCAUCAUUUGUGAAUCAUCAAAACCCAAGUUUGGAUGCAGAAACACGAGUAAUACCCUUGAUAGCUAGUGACCGCGAAAAGCUUGUUAUUGUUGGGCUUGGAGGUGGGUAUGUUGGAAUGUAUCAUUCUAAUCUACCUAUCUUCAAAGGGGAAUUCAAUACCAUGCUCUGGACUAGCCCUGUAUUGUUCUUCAUACUUUUCCUAUUUGGGGCUUGGCACUUUUUUGCCAAGAAGAAGGAAGCACUUACAUCUUGGGGACCAGAUGAUCCUUUUAGCUCCACAUCAGCUACCAGCAGUGCACCGUUGGGAUCUGGCUCUGGAGACAGAGACAGAUCCUUUGUAGACUCUUCUUCAAGAAAUUCUGAAGUUAUGGAUCUUAGAGGUGGAGCUCUUAGACCUCCACCAAGAAGGUAUGGUUCUCCUUCACGAUAUCCUGGUGGGGCUGCGAAUUCCUAUAGACUUGGUGGUUCUUCGGAUCACAAUGCUCGGCCAGCUUCCAUUGAUCCAGAUUUUCGCGCAACCUCAGAGCUAAAAUAUAGGGCCACCACCAUGGACCCCCCUGGUUUCCCUAAAAGAAGAUCAGAUGGUCUAUUUGUAGGAAAUCAAGCUGUAAAUGAUCGCAGUUGAGUGGCAGAGUUAAUUGCAUGAGCUUUUCUCUAACUAGUUUCAAAUUUCCCUAGCUUUUAAUCUUAUGAUGAUGAUAAUCAUUUGGCAUCUCUUUGCUAUUUGGUCUCACAGUACUUUAGCUUUCAAGUUGUUGCAUACAAGAGGGAAAUAAAUUAUAAUGAGAAACUUCCAGGUUUUUUUUUA